AUGGCCCCUCGCCACGUUGUGUCGAUAGCAGAACUCAUGUCCACACUGCACGCAUCGGGCGAACGGGACUGUGUCGCCGGCCUUAUAUAUGUGCCCCUAUCUGCUGUCAGCGAGACACCAGAGAACGCCCGGGACCCCGCUGACGGCAUUCUGGAAUGCGAACUUUUGAUAUCUAGGUUCCGCCAAGUCAGUGAGUUUGACAUCACAAGUCGCGACGUCUACACUGCACUUUGCAUGCGUGUCGCUGUUGCCAUAGUGCUCAAUAUCUCCGUACGCCAGUGGAAGAGCCGGGCAAUACAUCGCAUUCCAUACGUUGGUUUGUAA